AUGGCUCUCGGAAAGGGAUCACUCUUUUUAUUUUUCAUCAUUGGUACAUCAAUGCUCCCGAGUGGCAGUUCAUCAAGUCUUCCAUACUCGCAGCCCCCGCCUGACCUUCUCGUCCAAGGCUUGCAAGAAUUAGCAAACCAUCUUGGAAAUCAAGCUCCGUUAAGCAAAAGUCCGACCAGUUACGGAUCGAUCACAAAUCAAUUCGGUAACCAGUUUGACGAUGACCACAUAGAUGGAGACGUCAGCCUAGGAUCAGGAACUGUUCAAAAGAACAAUAACUUCGGUGAUGCUGGGGUCCAGACGAAUCGUGUGGAUACUUAUGGGUCAAUUACUUACCAAGGAUUUAACUCCUACAAUUUUGCACAUAUAGGAGGUAAAUUGACUGUGGGGUCAAAUACUUACCAAGAAAACAACAAGUUUUAG